AGCAAAGACGUGGCCAUAUCGCGUCUGCUGCGUUCAAGUUGCGCAGUGUCCCGUCUGGAGGCAGCGAGAGGGCGAAGUUUCACUAUCUGCAUUGCAGCCCGAGAGCUGCUGCCGGAACCCAACACAACAAUGGCGACUCCCAGUCCUGACAGCACCUCUUCCAGCUCCAGCAACAGCUUCAGCAUUGUAGGAUCCGCGUCGCACCAAUUCCACCAGCAGACACAGAGUAGCAGUAUGCAAGAAACCAACAGCUGCUGGAGAUGUCAAAAUGAAACAGGAUUUCAGAUAAGCCUGUCUGGAGUUUCCCAAAGCAAACGUAAAGCGCUGAAGCUGAAUUUCGCCAGCCCUCCGGUGAAGCCAGCAUCCCGCCUUCCGCUCAAUCCGACGCCCCCUUCCUUCCAGAACCCCCACAUAGAGCGGCUGAGGACACACAGCAUUGAAUCGUCAGGGAAGCUGAAGAUUUCUCCUGAGCAGCACUGCGACUUCACGGCUGAGGACCUGAGAGACCUCGGGGAGAUCGGCCGUGGGGCGUACGGCUCCGUCAAUAAGAUGGUCCACAAACCCACGGGCCAGAUUAUGGCAGUCAAGAGGAUUCGUUCCACUGUGGAUGAAAAGGAGCAAAAGCAACUGUUGAUGGAUCUCGACGUGGUGAUGAGGAGUAGCGACUGUCCAUACAUUGUUCAGUUCUACGGGGCGCUCUUCAGAGAGGGGGACUGUUGGAUUUGCAUGGAGCUUAUGUCUACCUCAUUAGACAAAUUUUAUAAAUAUGUAUAUUGUGCAUUCGAUGAUGUUAUUCCAGAGGAAAUAUUAGGCAAAAUAACAUUAGCGACCGUGAAAGCACUGAACCACUUAAAGGAAAACUUGAAAAUAAUUCACAGAGACAUCAAACCUUCCAACAUUCUCAUGGACCGAAAGGGUAACAUCAAGCUGUGUGAUUUCGGGAUCAGCGGCCAGCUCGUGGACUCCAUAGCCAAGACCAGAGAUGCCGGCUGCAGGCCCUACAUGGCACCUGAAAGAAUAGACCCCAGUGCCUCUAGACAAGGUUACGAUGUCCGCUCGGAUGUAUGGAGCUUGGGAAUCACCUUGUAUGAGCUGGCCACUGGCAGGUUUCCAUACCCCAAGUGGAACAGUGUUUUUGAUCAGCUGACGCAAGUGGUGAAAGGAGAGCCUCCACAGCUCAGUAAUUCUGAGGAGAGGCAGUUCUCCCCGAAGUUCAUCAAUUUUGUGAACUUAUGCCUUACAAAGGAUGAAUCUAAAAGGCCAAAGUACAGGGAGUUGCUGAAACAUCCGUUCAUUCUCAUGUAUGAAGAGCGUUUUGUGGAUGUCGCCACUUAUGUGUGCCGCAUACUGGAUCAGAUCCCCGCCUCUCCCACCUCUCCCAUGUAUGUGGACUGAGGGCGUUUUUGGGGGUGAGCGCGCACUGUCCUCCCCACCCGUGCAGCGGGUAAGAAACUUCGCCCGGUGACGCCCGCAUUCUUCGCUCCUGGACUUUUACAGAAUCACCGAUUUAGUCACGUUCCAAAGAAGAGAGGAACACGAGUGGUGCAAUGGAAUAGAUAUCGUGAAGCCAACCCUUCUUCUACCACACCGUCAUCUUAUUUCAAGUCACUCAUUGUUCACGGAAAGAAAAAAAAAAUCUACCAAAUAAAACAAACAGACUAUGACUAAAAAUAGCCACCUUUUGGAUUGUGCGUUGUAGACUGUACGUAUGCUUUUGUGUGUUCAGCUCUGUCAACACACACACGGCCCCGUCUUGGACUUUGGCUCCACGGUAACUAAAUGAGUAUGCAAAACGCGCUUGUCCGGGUAGAUAAUUAUGAAUAUGGUUGUGUGGCUUUAUGUCCUCCUUUUUCUCUUCAA